AUGGCAUAUGACUAUGAGUAUGAUGAAUCGGGCCUUGCCUCGAGUUAUCUACUGUUAUCGAUGCUGGUUCCUGUGGCUCUUUACAUGACAUACGACCUAGUUGAUAGUUCUCCGAUCAGAAGGGUGCGAUGCUUUUGUUCUGGAUGCAAGAACAAGGAGGUGAACAGAAAAACGAAAAGAAAAGUGUUUACGAUGAUUAUAUGGGCUAUUAUAUCAUAUUUGAUCAGCAACAUAAGGACCCUGAAGAUUGAGUAUAAUAAGGGGUUUGACCCUCUGGAGGUGCUUGGGGUUGACGAAGGCACAGGAGAGAAGGAGAUUAAGAGGAAGCUUCGGAAGCUUCUGAUGAAGUACAACCUUAGCAAAGCACCUGAGGACCUCCGGAAGGAGUAUGAAGAGAAGCAAAAGAUCAUUAACAAAGCAUAUGGGCUUGUCAGUGAUAAGAAGAGAUAUGAGACAUGGCUGAACAGUGAAUCGAAAACCGGAGAGAUAAUUGCAAUACCUAAGGUGGUUAUCAAGAGAGGGAUUUAUGCAUUUGGCCUGUACUCUUUACUUCUUGGGGUAUUUCUCCCAAGAUGGGCCUACAGGAAGUGGAGGGAGAUCCGAGACCUCAACAGAGUAGGUGUUAAUUUCCGGACUAUGGAGACGUUCUAUGAAAAGAUUGAUGUUGGGAUGAAUCAAACAAAACGCCCUCUUGAAGUAGUGAUGAGGUUGAUUGUUCUUAUGACGAAGUCUGUUGAAUUCAGCGAGUAUAGAUGGAGGAGUGAUGUUGAGGGGUUAAGAAGCAAGAUCGAAAGUGGGUUUGCAUUUCCACUAAAGGAUUGUGGAAAGGAGAACAAGGGGUAUCUUGUGCUAAUGGAUCACUUGUUCAGGAUUGGGCAGGCAGAAAGAAGUGAUGUUGAAUAUGUGCAGAAGGUUUCUCUGAGAUUAGUAGAAGGGAUGAAGGCGAUUGGGAUAGCCAAGAGAUAUGGAGGGGUUGUGAGAAACCUUGUGAUUCUUGAGUCGAUGAUUAUCCAGGCUGUGUUUGAUGUGAAGUACUCUAUGCUACAGAUUCCCUUUGUGAAGUUUGAAGAUAUAUUUAUACAAGAGAACAGCAAGGAAAAGGUAUCUGUAGAAGGAUAUCUGGGGACACUUCCUUCUGGGGAAAAAAGGGAGUCCGCUCUGAAUGUAUACAAUAGUAUUCCUUUGGUUAAGAUAACUGAGUUCAGUGCAUCUGUGAUUGAGACAGGGGUAGUUAAAGACGAGGAUCAUGACGAGCCUUCUUCAUCUGAGAACUUGGUUACCCGGAAUGACUCUGAAGAAAGAGCAAGAGCUGCAAAGGCUGAUCAGGCUGUGUAUGUCAUUCCUGGAGGAAGCAUUGCGACGAUCAAUGUGGUUCUUGACCGUGAGUGCAAAGUUGAUGUUGGUGGAAAAGGAGAGAUGAUAGUGCAUGCACCGUUUAUGAAGGAGGUAUUUUUUGUCAAGUGGAUUGUGAUGCUGACCGUGGACAAUGUUAUCUAUGGAAAGAUAAAGGUUAUAGACGACUUUGAGAAAAGGACAAAUGUCAGGUUCAGUGUUGAUGUUGGGGAGAUAAAGAAGGCAUGUGAAUGUAGAGUGUUUGUAGGGUGCGGGGAGUAUAUGAAUAGAAAUGUAGAGAAGGGCAUUUUAAUCAAGAUUGAAUAA